AUGUCCGGUUCUCCUCCACCGGAACCACCUGCUGAACCUGCCCAGAUUGCCGGUCGAAGAAGGAAGCGAUCUCGAUCUUACACCCCUCCAACAACGACAGUCACGACGACGGCAGCCGUUGCCUCGCCUAUAGCGCCUUUGGACACCAGCGGUCCUCGACCAAGUGCGAUAUCAAGAGGUGGGGAGACUAUUACCGAGUUUGCUGUUCAGCCGGGGCCGUAUGCGCUGAACUAUCCACUUCCUCCAACCUCACAUCAAUCUGCGUUGAGCUUACCCUCAGCGUCUAUCAGUGUGCCACCGCCUCUUCUGGCACUAAGCCCUGUUUCACCACGCACUACGCGAAAACCCAAAGCGCACGUCGCAUCGGCUUGCGUAAAUUGCAAGAAGAAGCAUCUGAGAUGUGAUAGCAGUCGUCCAUGUCGGAGAUGUGUACAGAGCGGCAAAGAGGACUCCUGUGUAGAUGUCGAGCACAAGAAGCGGGGACGUCCGCCACUGAAACCAGACGAUGCGAAUGCAAGACGACCCUUUGAAGCAGCAUUGACUCCCUUGCCCGGGCGGUUGGGCGACCCGUCGAGGAGAUUCGGCGACCCACCAGUAUAUGCCGCAACAGCAGGAUAUGCGCCACUCAGGCCAUAUGCUGGCCCUACUUCUCGGUUGGGACAGGCACCAAGAUCAGCCUUCACCUUACACGCUGCGCCAUCAAUAUCGCCGAGCCUGGCAAUGGCAGAAGGGACAUUUAUACCUUCCUCGUCUCGUCAAUAUCACGGCGGUCUUGCUCCUAUGCCGGGGCAAGCACCCUCCUCCUACAACACUUCGCAACCAGAGUCCACCUUCCGACCGAUGAGUUACGGCGGCAGUUACAACUACCCGGCCCAGCAAGGGCAGCUGGGACCUGCGUAUUACACUCCCAACCCUAUUUUCUCGCGUCCUCCAUCAUCCUUGUCCUCUGAACAGCUGCCACCCUUGAGCACAUCAUCCAGUCUCCAGUUACCACCAAUCUUACCAGCACCUCCCGCCCCGCCCGCCCCGAUCGACCCGGCGAUUGUGCAGCAGCAUCCUCAACAAACUCUACCGUCUCCCCGAGGACAACAGGGAAGCAGAAACGAAGGCACGCAAGAGCCGGAUGCGAAAAGACCGAAGAUGGAUAUCCAGGGCAUCCUCGGUCCGCGAAACGAAUAA